GCGCAACAACAAAAAGAGAGAGAGAGAGAGAGAAAACAAAAUAACAUUCUCAAGUAUCGUGUACUUCACCGAGUUUCAUUUUUAAUUUCUUGAAACUUCUGCCUUCUUCUUGUCCAAAUCCCACCCUAUAGUAGUAUUAAAAAGAAAGAAAACAAUAAUAUCUCAGGUGACUGAAACAGCUUCGAACUCAAGCUUCCAACUUCACUGAUUCAUACAUCUUAGAGCUCAUCUCAAUCCAAAAAAUUUCAGAUUUUUUUUGCUGUUCUCGAGUGUCUACGUUUUGUCUUUUUACUCCCCGAUGUUGUCUAAAAGUGUUGUUGCUGUCUUUUUCUUAAUCAUUUUACUGUACGGUAACUUGUUCAUCGAAGUCGAAGGGAUCGGCGUGAACUGGGGCUCACAGGCGAGUCAUCCGCUGCCUCCAGCUACAGUAGUCAGGCUUCUCCGCGAGAACGGAAUCCAAAAGGUGAAACUUUUCGAAGCCGACUCUCAGAUUCUCAGAGCCUUGAGUCGGUCGGGGAUUCAGGUUAUGGUCGGAAUCCCUAACGACUUGCUCGCUCCUAUAGCCGGAAGCGUUGCGGUUGCAGAGAGAUGGGUCUCUCAGAACGUCUCUGCUCAUGUCUCAUCCAACGGCGUCGACAUCAGGUACGUGGCAGUUGGGAACGAGCCUUUCUUGAAGUCAUUCAACGGAACAUUUGAAAGCAUAACACUCCCUGCACUUCAGAACAUACAAUCAGCUCUCAUCAAAGCCGGUUUAGCCUCCCAGGUGAAAGUCACAGUCCCUCUCAACGCUGACGUGUACGAAAGCGCGUCUAACCUACCUUCAGCCGGAGACUUCAGAGCCGAGAUACGCGACCUCAUGAUCAGUAUCGUCAAGUUUCUAAGCGACAACCAAGCUCCCUUCACUAUCAACAUCUACCCUUUCAUCAGCCUCUACAACGACCCUCACUUCCCAGUAGAGUUCGCCUUCUUCGACGGAACAGGCUCUCCUAUUAAUGACAACGGGAGAAUCUACGACAACGUUCUUGAUGCGAACUACGAUACAUUGGUCUGGUCUUUACAGAAGAACGGGUUUGGUAACAUGUCCAUCAUCGUUGGGGAAGUCGGGUGGCCGACGGAUGGAGACAAGAACGCGAACAUGCAGUACGCGAGGCGGUAUAACCAAGGGUUCAUGAACCGUCAGAAGGCGGGGAGAGGGACGCCUAUGAGACCAGGUCCUAUGGAUGCUUACUUGUUUAGUCUUAUAGAUGAAGAUGCUAAAAGCAUUCAGCCGGGGAACUUUGAGAGGCAUUGGGGGAUUUUUUAUAUUGACGGGCAGCCUAAGUAUCAGCUGAGUCUUGGUAACGGUAACGGUUUGGUUCCGGCGAAAGGUGUGCGUCAUAUGGCGAAGAAAUGGUGUGUUCUCGCGGCUUCGGCUAAUCUGCAAGAUCCUCAGCUUGGACCGAGUGUGAGUUACGCUUGUGAUCAUGCUGAUUGCACUAGUCUUGGGUAUGGUUCGUCUUGUGGUAGCUUGAAUCUAGCGCAGAAUGUUUCGUAUGCGUUUAAUAGUUAUUACCAGGUGAGUGAUCAGCUGGAUAGUGCGUGUAAGUUCCCGGGUUUGUCUGUGAUUACUACGAAUGAUCCUUCUGUUGGGAGUUGUAAGUUUAAGAUAAUGAUCAAGUCUGAUUCUUCGGGUGGUGAAGCAAGUGCUCCUUUUAAAAGAUCAGUGGCAGUGUUGCUACUCUUGUGGAUGUGUGUGUAUAUUGUUCUGUGAAUACAGUUUGAUGGGUUUGAUUAUUUCCUUUUCUUGUUUUUUUGGAUAACUUUGGUGUUUAUUGAUAAACAUUAAAAAAUAAUAAUUGAGAUUUAUGUAUUGCUUACUUGUUUGA